AUGUCGAUUGAUCCGUUGGCGCCGAUACUAGCAUACAAACAUUAUCCGGCACUGGAAAGGCGAUUGCAUAAUGUAAUGGUUUACAUCGACGAAUGCAUCCAGAAAAGUCCCAGUGGUCCAACUGGCGUCGUAAUGCCCGAAUACCAUAACGAUGUUUGUGUUUUUUUUUUAAAUUUUUGGAAAAAUAUUUGCUUUCAAACUUAA